AUUCUAGGUCUAAUCAGGGAACCAGGUACAGGAUGUUGAAACUACUGGCUCUUUUUGCUUUUGCCACUGGAAUCGCAGCAAGGCCGGGCGAGAUGAGAGACAUACCUGGUGUAAGUGCGGCCAACAUGGAAAGAUUACGUCAGAUGAUGAACCCUCGUCCGAAUGGGCGCGAAGAGUUUAAACAGAGGAUGCAAGAAUGGGAAAACAGUUUACCAGCAGCUGAGAGGACAGCAGUGCAAAAUCACAGAAGACAAAUGUUUGAAAGACGUCAUGCUGAACUCCUUCAAAGAGGCAUCCCAGGUGUGAGUGAUUCCAGUAUGGAUAGGCUACGUCAGAUGAUGAAUCCUUUACCGGAAGGAAGAGAAGCGUUUCAGCAGAAGAUGGACGAAUGGAUAAAUAGUCUGCCACCAGCGGAUAAGGCAGCAGCAGAAGCGCAUAGGGAACAGAUGCGUCAAAGACAUAGAGGUCCUCCGCCCCCUCCUCCUCUUUAAAAUCCAUAUCUGGGCAGAGGAUCAGGUGCUUGUGAUAAAGCAUUUUUGCACUUGUCGCAUUAUUGCUUAUGAGAUAAAAAUG